GAAAAACCGAUCUUUUUGUUUUUGUUUGAUGACAAGGAAUGGAAUACUCUAGAGACUCGGCAGAUAUGAUGAUGGAGAAUAAGCGCAAUGUCUACUCUCUUCAAGAAAACAACAUUAAACGACACAAGUCAUCUGAUCUCUCUUUCUCUUCCAAGGAGAGGAAGGACAAGUUGGGAGAACGUAUUUCAGCUCUUCAACAACUAGUUUCCCCUUACGGAAAGACCGACACUGCAUCAGUUCUUCUAGAGGGAAUGCAAUACAUUCAGUUUCUUCAAGAACAAGUCAAGGUUCUAAGCGCUCCAUAUCUGCAAGCAACCCCCACUACUUCGCAGGAGGAAGUGGAAGAGUACAGCCUAAGAAGUAAAGGGCUAUGUCUUGUUCCAUUGGAGUAUACAUCAGGAGUUGCUCAAACCAAUGGUGCUGAUAUUUGGGCUCCUGUGAAGACUCCAACAUCUUCUCAUGCGUUUAAUCUCUCGUCUUCUAAUGCGCCCUUUCGAUGAUUGCUGCUAAAAUCUCUGUCUCAAGACUAAUGAAGAUUAGCCAAAACUUUGGUCUGAUCAUGUAAUUGAUGGAGAGACCUUGAAGUCGGUGAUGGCUGUCUCUGUUAUUUUUUACUGCUUAAUCCCAACUCUCUGUGGUGGCUUUUCAUUACUUGGACUUGUAUAAUUUGUUUACAUUGGUAACAAUUCAUUCUAAUGCAAAGUUUAACGAACCGGUCAAUGACCGGAAUUAGCUUCCGGUUUCAUAAAAGUGAAAUAGUUGA